AUGACAUCACCAAUUCUUAAAGGAAUUCUACGGCCAUUAUUAAUAGCCGUAAUUUUCCUUGGUUGCUUUGUUACUUUAGUCAUUUUAUAUUUCAAACCAUCUAACAGCUGGAUUUCUGGUCCUAUGGAGUCAGCAACUGCAGUAUUAAAAAUGAAAAACUUCUUCUCAUCCAAAAAUGAUGUGAAUGAAACCAUUGUUCUCAUUUGGAUUUGGCCCUUUGGACAGACCUUUGAGUUAAACACUUGUGGCUCCAUGUUUAACAUUCACGGUUGCCAUUUAACUGUAGACCGAAGCCUGUACAAUAAGUCACAUGCUGUUCUCAUACACCACAGAGACAUUAACGGGGAUUUGUCCAAUAUUCCACAGUUUGCUCGACCCCCUUUCCAGAGGUGGGUUUGGAUGAACCUCGAAUCACCAACUCACACUCCUAAAAAGACUGGUCUUGAACAUCUUUUCAAUCUGAGUUUAACCUAUCGACGUGACUCAGACAUUGAAGUGCCUUAUGGGUCCCUGAUUGGGAGUCCCGAGUCUUUAGAUUUUGUGUUACCCAGCAAAAAUAAACUUGCUUGCUGGAUUGUCAGCAACUGGAACCCAGAUCAUGCUAGGGUGAAGUACUACAAUGAGUUGUACAAACACAUUGAAAUUCAUACUUAUGGUCAAGCUUUUGGUGAAUAUUUAAAUGAUAAAAGCUUUAUUCCUACAAUAUCCAGCUGCAAAUUUUAUCUUUCAUUUGAGAACUCUAUCCACAAGGACUAUAUCACAGAAAAACUCUACAAUGUUCUGCUUGCUGGCACUGUGCCUAUUGUCUUGGGGCCAUCGAGAGCUAACUAUGAAAACUAUGUGCCAAGUGAAGCUUUUAUUCAUGUGGAUGAUUUUCCAUCAGCAAAAGACCUGGCAGAAUAUCUGCUUUUAUUAGACAAAAAUGAAGAUUUGUAUUUUCAGUAUUUUAUCUGGCGAAAACACUUUGCAGUGAAGCUGACAAAGUUUUGGGAAGAACAUGCUUGUCUCACCUGUGAAUACAUAAGAAGGCGACAGGAGUACAAAUCCAUUCCAAAUCUGGAAAAAUGGUUCUGGGAGUAA